GUCAGUACGUCCCACUGGGGCCGUCACGUGGCUUGGUAGGCUGUGCCGGCUGGUCCGCAUGCUGCGCGUUUUCAGGUUCGUCCGCGACACGGCAGCGGGUGCGACCCUCAAGCGCACCCUGGCGGCGGCGGCUCCGUUUCUCGGCGUCCUCUGCGCUGUGUGGGUUGCCGCCCUGGUGUUCUUCGCCUGCCUCGUCUUCUGGGUGGAGCCUGUCGACAACUACGGCAUACAGACCCUACAGCAAGCCAUGUGGUGGGCCAUCGUUACCAUGACGACUGUCGGCUAUGGUGACGUCAUACCGAUGACGACCGUCGGCAAGCUUUUCGGCAGCGUGUGCGCAUAUUUCGUCUGCGUGAUGAUGGCUCUCCCAACAGCGGUCAUUGUGAGCAAGUUCCACAGCUGUAGCGAAGAGGAGCGGUGA